CCGUCUGACGUCUUCUGCGGAGGGUCAGGGUUUCUGUCUGGUGUGGGCUGGGGGCCGCAGGCUGACUGGGUCUCACUGCUUCUCUGACCUCCCACAGCUCAGCCUCUUCUGAGCCCACCAUCCACAGGGGGCUACCGCAGGGUACCCAGUGAUAGCCUUGGCCUCAAGGAGCGGGGGACUAGCUCUCCCGCGAAUGGUCACCCCUUUUUCCCGACGGUGGAUUUGUUUCUGACCUUUGACCUGGAGCUUCUCUGCUCACGCAGGUCCCUGAACUCCACUCAGGCGUCCAGACCUCCUGUGGGUGAGGAGGGAACUGCUGAGGAAAGGCCCCCCUUCUCUCCAACCCUCCCUCCCUCCUGCGGACCUUACAUCCAGCCAAGGGUAGGCUCUGAGCUAUGAGGGCAAUUAAGGAAGUUUGUGAAACGAUUGUUAUUUCAGGGGUCUACAGUGUCAGUAUUCAUCUGACUAGCCUUUAGAGUGUCUGGGUCAGCCCCUGGGGAAGCACCGGUGGCAUCCGUGGCUGGGGUCCUAUGGAGAUGUCAGUCCUGUAAACAGAUGAGGGCCCUCAGGGUAUGCGUGCCCUGGUAGUUAUCUCUACUGGAUGAAUGGACAUCCUGGGAGGGAGGUCGGUUCCUACUGGGGGAGGCGGGGCUAAAGAUCAGACUUAAAUAGGGUCUGCGUAGGUGGAAGGGGGCAAAAGGGUAUUCCAAGCGGAGGGAGCCGCAUAUACAAAGGUAAGAGGCUUAAACCGAGGGGGUACGGCUGGAUUCCGCGCUCUGGAGUAGCCCUGAGGUGGUGAGGGAGCAGAUCAAGCUAGCUUAGGGGGUGUGGACUGGGUCCUGUUGGUGCCUGAAGUGUUUUAAGCAAGGCAUUGGUGCGAUUAUACUUGUUUUUUGGUCGGAAUGUAUGAGCAGCUGAAUAAGGUAGUGAGAGAAGAGUAGAGGCGUCAUAUCUCAGAUUUGUGAAGCCGUAGCGGCGCCGGGUCUCGGGAGUGAAGGUGGGGUAGUGUGAGCGCAUCUGUUUGCAGACAGAGAAAGUUCAGUGUAGUCUGUUCUUUUAAGGCAGUUGGUGAAGAAAGAGAGCAACGUGAGGGUGGGAAGUGAUGCAGAAAUGAUGGAGGAUUUGUCUGUCUUUGAUUCUUUUUUGUUCAAGUUGGGACAGAUUUGAGCUGUGGGAAAAAACUGAAACUGGUACUGUAGUUUUAAAUCUUGAUAAGGUCAAAUGUAUCAGGUUUUUCCAUUAUGCCUUGAACUUGGGUUUUAUUGAAGGAGUUUCCCCUACUGCAAUCCAUAGUUCUAUAUAUAUAUUUUUUCCUACUAUUUAUAACAAGUUAUAUUAGGAAAUAUCUCAAAUGCAGCAUGCAAAGUAGAAAAAGAAAGAAACCUUUGUGCUUAUCAUCUAGACUGAGCAAAUGUUAAAGGUUUAUUUGCUUCAGAUUUUCUGAAGAACUAAAACCUCAUAAAUACUUGAAGGCUUUUUGCACCCUCCCUAUUGGAUUUUCCUUCUUCUCACUCAGAGGUUUUCUUAGUGUCUUUGCAAAGGCUUAGAAUCGGACUGUAGCCAGGGCGGCUCUGUCCUGUCUGCAUAUUCAAGCUUCUUUCUACCCGCUUCUACCUGCAGAGUCUCGGAGGCCGGAGCUGAGCCUCCAGCUGACGACGAAAGAAAAUGGGCGUGAGAGAGGUGUUCAGAGCCACCCAGCUUACUAGAGGCCGAGCCAGCACUAGCCCCCAGGGCUCCUGUCCGGAGGAGGCUGGGCGGGGCCCUCAUCGCUAAGCCCCGCCCCUCCCCACCCUCCACCCCUUCAGACCUUCUCACGGAUUUCCUCUCCUCCAGGGGCAGGACUCUGAUAGGAGGUCAUGGAGAGAGAACCCAGUAAGAUGAUAUAUGUAUAUUUUUAUGCCAUACUUAAGUAUUAAACAAUGAGCACGUUUACUGUUGAAAAAAUUAGAAAAUGUGGAAAACAAAUCCUGCCGUGUGAAGGUAACCAUUGCUAACAUUUUGCGUGUUUUCUAUAGAAGUUUUUUCUUUACAUGUUUAUGAAAACCCAUUCCAUGACGAUGAAGCAGGAGAUGGAGUAGAGGGUCACAGACCACUGUUUUUGAGCCACGCUGUUGGGCCCGCCUUCCCGUAUUAGCUUCCUGGGGCCGCCAUCACAAGUACCACAGACUGAGUGGCUUACACAACAGAAACUGAGUCUCACACAGUUCAGGAGGCUGGAAGUCUGAGAUCAGGGUGUGGGCAGGCUUGGUUCCUCUGAGGCCACGAGGGAGGACCUGCUCCAGGCCUCUCCCCGAGCUUCCGGAGCUCUGCUGGCACUCCGUGGUUUCUGCUGCAUCACCCUGACCUCUGUCUCUGUGUCUAAAUUUCCCCUUUUCAUAAGGACACAGCCAUAUUGCGUUAAGAUCCACCCCAGUGACCUCAUUUUCACUUGAUCGUCUGCAAGGACCCUCUUACUAAGUAAGGUCAUGUUCUGAGGUCCUGGGGGCUAAACCUUCGACAGAGCUUUUGGGGGAACACAAUUCAACCCAUUGUACUUCCCCUCCAGGAUGCUAUCUCAGGGAACCCCAUAGCUGUUGGGUCACUUCAGGUUAUAAUAGAAUAGGCCCCUCUCAGUUGCCAGCUGUCUGUGAACAUCUUACUCUCAUGUCCAGUCUCCAGCUUCUCCCUGCCCCAUGUGGAGCCAGAGGUCUGGGGCCUCGCCAUGGGAAGGGCAUGUGAUCUGUUCUGUCUCUGCUCCUUGACUCUUCCUUCUCACUGGAUUCCCUCCUUUCUCCUCCAGGGUCAGGGUAUGAGGAGGGGAGAGUAGAGGAAAAAAUAGCUCAGAUUUUCCCCUGCUUGGUGUUAUUUGUAGCUCUCACCUGCCUAGUGCUGGCUGCCCUCAACUCUGCAGGAGGCCAUGUGAUGGCCCUUUGUCGGGGUGCCCAGCCUGGGACACCCGCAGUGGCUCUCUGCAGACCUCCAUGCUCUUGGCUCAGUGGUCCUGCCCCUCAGGACCAGCUCUCUUCACCCUGCCAGCAGCCUGCUUCAUCAGCACCCCUGCAGUAGGGCUUUAAGCCCACUUAGCUUCCCCACCAUCCACUUGGCUCCCCCGAGAACCCUCCCAUCCUUGAUCCAGCAAACGUGCAGCUGGCUUCCGCUCCUGCGCCCUCCCUUCCCCUGGCUGCCGUGGGGAGCCUCUGACUUCUGAAUUCGUCAGCUGGAGAGCUGACUCCUGUUUCUGGGUUCCUGCAUGCCCUAAACAUUCAAAGGAGCCCCCCUCUGGGGAGCUUCUGCAGCUGGACAUACGCCAGCCUGGGGCUGUAGUUCUCCCUUUUUCCAGGCUCCCUCCAGCACCCAUGAACAGUUUUCUUGGAGCACACCCCCUCUUGGCUUGCAAGGGGAGCAAUCCCCGACUAGGACGGGAGGCAAGCCCACGGUACACUUGCUCAACAGACAGCUCUCCUUCGAUAAUUCCCUCCCCCAAAGGAAGGAAUCUGUUAGGGUGUGUCUGGAAGCUCCUCCUUAGAACUUGGGGUGUUUGGGAUUUAGCUGAAAUUUCCAGGCACGUGGGAAAAAAUCCCAUCCAUUCUCCUGUUACGCAUCUGUGAGUCAUAUGCUAUGUAUCCUGCUUUUUUCACUUGCUGGUGUUGUUGGAAGAUCAUUCCAUGUCAAAUAUUUAUAAUAUUUUAAGUUGAUUCAUAGCUUGGCAUGCUUUAAUUGUAUCAUAAUUUAUUAACCAAUCUCUUAUUUUUAAGCACUUAGGUAGCCUCCAAUUUUUUUAAAAAAGACACCCUCAGAAUUCUUUAUGGAGUUUCUGUAAUUCUAGAGUUUUAGUGUCUCUGCAGAAUUCUUGGAUCAAACUCCAGUGUGUCUCUGUCCUGAGUAGGAACUUACCUAGGACCAACCUCGUGUCUAUUCAGGAGAGAUAGGUGUGGGGUCCAGUUGAUGCUUCCAGCCACAGUAAAUUUGCUCCUGAACCUUCGUGUUCCGGUUCCCUGGGAAAAUGAGGAAAGGAGGAGGGCUCAGGAGAAGUCAUCAGAUCUUGUCCCAUAUUUGGUGUCUGCUUUUCCCAGACCAGCAAGGAAGGACCAUGUGCCAGACUACAAAUGCCCUAGAACAGAAGCAACGUGGCAUUGAGCUUUCAACCUCAAGGACCAUGCAGAACACCAGUGACGUACCUGGUCUUCCGUAGAUGCUUGCUCACUGAAUGGAUGGAUGGAUGAAUGGGUGAAUAGAGAUCCAGAAGUGAGAUAUUUUCUAAUGAUCUUUUUUUUUCUCUCCCACGAAAUGUCGUACAAAGUUAGGGGCAUGCUAAGCUUCCUAUAUAACUUAACAUGGGGAAACCUGACCUCCGAAGGUGGUAAGAUCCAUCUCCUCUACACCUUUGCCAUAAUACUCUGUGCUGAGCACUCCAGUUUAAUCAGGAGUGUGCUGUUCCAGGGGUCGUUAUCAUUCAGAGACGUGGCUGUGGGCUUCACCCGUAAGGAGUGGCAGCAGCUGGACCCUACGCAGAGGACCCUGUACCGGGAUGUGAUGCUGGAGAACUACAGCCACCUGGUCUCCGUGGGGUGUCAAGUCACCAAACCAGCUGUGAUCUCCAGGUUGGAGCAGGGGCAAGAACCGUGGAUGAAGGAGGAAGAGAUCCUCAGAUGGAGCUUUCCAGUUUUGCAAGUUGAUACCCAAGUAGAGAGACAACGGGAACACCAAAACAAACUUUUGAAGCAAGCUGCACUCCUAGACAAGAAAAAAUUGACCACAGAAGGGCAAAACGCAUGUAACACAGUCGAAAAAAACACCUGUCAGAACACAAACGUCGUUUCUUCAGGACAACAGGUCCCUAAGUGCGAGUCAUGUGGAGCAGCCUUGCCGGGUAAUGCAGGCGUUACUCCUAACGCGUACCUUGCAAGAAGGAGAUUUGAAUAUGAUGCACAGGGGAACUUAUUUCUCUAUUCUAAGCUGGAAACUCCACAUUCUGGGGCACACCCACGUGAAUGUAACCAAUGUAGAAAUGCUUUAAGCCAUGACCAAGCCCUUAAUGCUGAUCAGAGAACCGACAGUAACGAGAAACCCCACAAAUGUACCAAAUGUGGGAAAGGCUUCUCCCAUAAAUCAGAAAUCAUCACCCAUCAGAGAGUCCACAGGGAUGAGAAGUCCUCUGGAUGCAAUGACCAGGGGGAUGGCCUGAGGGAGGAGAAGGUUUGCCUCAGCAAAAAACAUCCGGGAAACCACACAGACGAGAAACCCGGUGGAAAUGGCAAAUGUGGUAAAAGGCUCUCCCCAGAAACAAGCCUCUCCAUACCCGAGGCCAUUCUGGCUGGAGAGAAGCCUUAUAAGUGUUCAGACUGUGAGAAAAUCUUCUCCCACAAGUCACGUCUCAUCGAACACCACAGAUCCCACACGGGAGAGAAACCCUAUGGCUGCGAAGAAUGUGGGAAAUCUUUCUCCCGGAAGUCAUGCCUCAUUAUCCACUACAGAAUCCACACAGGAGAGAAGCCCUAUGGCUGCAGCCAGUGUGGGAAAGCCUUCUUCCAGAAGUCACACCUCAUCCUUCACCAGAGGACUCACACUGGAGAGAAACCCUACGAGUGCAGCGAAUGCGGAAAGGCUUUCUCCCAAAACUCCUGCCUCAUCAUACACAAGAGAACCCAUAUGGGCAAGAAGCCCUAUGAAUGCUCUGACUGUGGGAAAACGUUCUCCCAGAAGGCGAACCUCAUCAGACACCACAGAAUUCACACCAGGGAGAAACUGUACGGAUAAAGUGAGAGAGAAGUUUUCAUCAGGAAUUCCCAACACAUCUAGGAAUGAAAACCCUGUGGAUUUUGUGAACAUGGAAAAUCCUUCAGCAAGAAGUCCAAUGCCACUGUGGGCAGACCUUCCUACCAACUUGGAGAACUAGGAAAUGCUUAUUCUCUUAAAACUAAGGAUAGAAGGGUAAUGAUGCUCUAGAGAGAUCUAUUUUUAUAGGAUAAACUUAAACUUAACUAUGAAGUGUAUCUGUGUCUACAUUAACUGUGGCUAUUGAGCUGUAAGUGAAUAAUUUAAACCAUUAAUAUAACAGACUGAAUAAGCCACAGAACAAUGCCAGGGGUAUGCGGGGACUAUGUUCCUGGAGAUGCUACAUAAACAGAAUUUUAUUUUACUUAUUUUUGAACUGCAUUUGUAGUUGAACAUAAUUGUGAACUUGUAGACACAGAUACCAUAAUAUGUAGGAUGACAUCUAUCAAAAGUUUCCACACUAAAUUACACCCUUUUGUCUUUAAUAUACGUUAUAACUGGGAUUUACUACUCAACCGGAAGUCCAUACACCGUACCACACACCAUUUGUUUUUUUGUUUGCUGGCAAGUAUUACAGAGCCCCCCUGGAUCUGGAAACCAGCAAUUUCAUGACAUCCCCUGAGCUCUCUCCAUCAACUAGUUUAUAAGUCAUGUUAAAUGAGUAAGGUUGGGACUCCCUUUUCUGGCAGUAUAGUGGACCACCUAAAGUGAAAAAUGUUCCACUGUAAACCACUUGAAAUUAUGGACAAUAACAGGUGACAUUCUUUUAAAUGCAUAAUUCAGCUUGCAAGAAAAUCAGUGAGGUUUCCAGGUGCCAGUUCCAGAGGGAACUGAAAAGUGUGUGAGUUGAUGCUGUAAGCUUCCCUGUAGGUUUGUUUACCCAGAAGCUUGGGUGUUAAAAGCUAUAGGCAGAAGCCUUGGCACUGAAAUACCUCAUACAUUGAGAAAUUUCAAAAGCCUGUACAUAUAGGGAAAGGAUGGACCAGAGAAAAACCUGCUCAUUUGCUCAGGAAGCUUGCCUGUCUUUCCCUGGACUCUGGUAGGGAAAGAAUUCACCCUGAUGAUUCACAAGCUGUGACCUGCACCUCUUACGAGUUAGAAUUGUGAAUUUGCUCUACUCAUGCCCCAGUUGAAAAACUGAACAAUUAACAUAGAAAUUUGUCCUGGUCUUUGAAGCAACUUUACAGAAGCAAACACAAACUAUUCGUGGAGAAAGACACCCUCAACCUGUGUUUCCCAGGGUUCUGACAUACAAACCCAAGAUGAGGUCAUAAUCUAGAAUUAUAAAAUGUGAAGAAAGUCAACAUUUUAACAAAAUAAAAACCUCAAGUCUUUUAAGGUGAUAGAAAAAUCUGAAAUUCUAUAAAAAUGACUGUCUUGAAAAAUGAUGAAAAAAAAUCAAAACUGCAUGAAAGCAGACACAAAGAAAGAUAACUGGCUUAUUUGGAAAAAGAACCACAUAGCGUGUCUAGAAAUGAAAAAUAUAGUCACUGAAAUUUAAAACUCAACGUUAAAAUAUUCUACAUGUCAAACAGAUUAUACUCAGCUGAAGAAAAUGGGAACAGGAAGGCAGAGCCAUAAGCCAAUUCACAGAAUUCAGUAUAUAGAGAGGUGGAAAAUGUGAAAGAAUGGGGGAAGAGACAUACAAAUGAGAAGAGCAGGCACUUCCCUGGCGUCCAGUGGUUAAGACUCCAAGCUUCCACCGCAGGGGGCACGGGUUCGAUCCCUGGUCAGGGAACUAAGAUCCUGCACGCUGCAAAGCACGGCCAAAAAUACUAAAAACAAAACAAAAAAACAGAGAGAAGAGCAAACAGGAGCUCCUUAAAGACAAAAUGAAAAAAAGGAAGAAAAGUAAAUAUUCAAAGAUGUAUUGGCUCAGAUUUAAAAAAGAUGUGCAUUAACAUGCAUAUGUGUGUGAAAUAUAUGUGUAUAUAUAUGCAUAUAUAGACAUGCAAUAUAUGCCUAGCUGAAUAACUAAAAAUAAGUUCACAUCUAGAUGUACUCGAUGUAUAUCCGUCCAGAGUCUAGCUAAGCUGCUCUCUAGUAUUGCUGCCUCAUCCAUCGUGUUUGGUCAGAUGGCUGCAGGAACCUUAAGCUGACACAAGCCCCUCGUGCAAGGACAUGCCCUAUAGCAGCCGCUCGGCCACAAGCAGAUGUAAGUCCCUGGAGUGACUGCCCCGCAGCCCUUGUGAUCAGUAGCUCACCUGCCUCCCAGUGCCUGUAAGCUUUACGCACCCCUUAGCCAGGACCCCCGUGAGCUUACCAAAACCCUGCUCUUUGGGUUUGGAUUGAUCAAUCUGGUCCUAACCUAGAAACCCCAGAGCACUCCCCCGUGGACCCUAAUAAAGGGAUGUGUGCCAAGUCCAGUCCCUGUCUGCACUCCGCCUUGACCCCCCCCCGGGGCCCCUCCCGGUGUGCUGUGUGCUUGGUCCAGGCCCUGUGAGUAAUAAACUUGCCGAUUUCGAUUUCUCCGUGGUCUGUUGCUGAACCCACUCAUCGUCCUGCACCCUGUGCUCCACUUAACAAGUGUUAAUUUCACGAAGUCUUCACAGUUGGGAACAGGAUGGUAGAGUCUUGCAAUUGGCUGGUGGAGAAAUGCCUUUGGCUGGCAAACGGGCUGUGGCUGUGUCUCCCACAGGAUGCUGCCCCGUGGAGGGUGAACUCCCCCAGUGGGUGUUAGACUUUGGGUGUACUUCCCCACUCCAGGCACAGACCCAGCUGCUGACUGUUAGGAGACUUGGCCCCGGUUUCCAAAAGGUCCUGUCGGGGCAGGUGAGGGCUGAGAUGCACCCUGCCAUGAGCACUCAGCCACCACCGACUCACCAAAGCACUGGUUCUAGGCUCCGAGGUCCCAGCUCCGGUGAUCCUGCUGCCUCUGCGCUGGUGGGGGUGAGCCCGAUCCCAGUGAGGCUGAUUGGGACACCCUGAGGGGAAGCAGCUGCCUAUGAGUCCGGCUGCCCGGGAUUCCACUGCAGACCUUUAUGGUAACAUCCCCAAGGCCAAGUCAGUUGUCAGCGUGGCGGGUAAUAGAGAAUUAGAAGCUGAAACUUGGAACUGUAUUGCAUCUUCGAAAGUUGCUGAGUGAGUGAAUCUUGAAAGUUCUUAUCACAAGAAAAUAAAAUUUGGCAAUUACAUGAAGUGAUGUUCACUACAGUCAUGACGGUGAUCAUUUCGCAAUGUACACAGGUCGCGAAUCAUUGUGUUGUACUACCUGAAACCAAUAGGAUGUUAUGUGUCAAUUAUCUCUCAAUACAUAAAUAAACUGAAACUUGAAACUUGAUGCGUCUCAAGACUCAAAAUAUUUUGAAAGACUUUGUACAGCAGGAGGGAGAGAAAAGGGGCCAGUCAGCCUUUGAAA